ACAAGAUGGCGGUGGAGUCGCGCGUCACGCAGGAGGAGAUCAAGAAGGAGCCCGAGAAGCCGAUCGACCGCGAGAAGACGUGCCCGCUGCUGCUGCGCGUCUUCACCACCAACAACGGGCGCCACCACCGCAUGGACGAGUUCUCCCGCGGCAACGUGCCCUCCAGCGAGCUGCAGAUCUACACGUGGAUGGAUGCAACUCUAAAAGAGCUGACCAGCUUGGUGAAGGAGGUCUACCCCGAAGCACGGAAGAAGGGCACACACUUCAAUUUUGCAAUUGUUUUUACAGAUCUCAAGAGGCCUGGGUACAGGGUCAAGGAGAUCGGCAGCACCAUGUCCGGCCGCAAGGGCACGGACGACUCCAUGACGCUGCAGUCGCAGAAGUUCCAGAUCGGAGACUACCUGGACAUAGCGAUCACGCCGCCGAACCGCGCGCCGCCCCCCUCCAGCCGCAUGAGACCCUACUGAACCACCGCUGCUCCCUAUGACUUUAUUUGGGGUUUAUUCCUAUUUGCUGUUCUAAGGCAGGCUGGCUUUUUGCUUUUGUUGCUAAGUGAGAACACCUGAAAACAAAGCUAGGCAUCAGAGAUGAGAAUUACCUUUUAAACGYUGACUUUUAUUGAAUUUCUUUAGAGGGAGGCUUUUUUAGAAGCAUCAUCAUCAUUCUUUUUCUCGAUGUUAUAGUUUGAAAAGUAAGUUUGUGUGUCCAGUGUUUCAAGAUUUCUGUAAAAUACGACCAGAACUAUUGCAGGUGUGCUGUAGUUGUAUCUUGUUUGGAAUAAAGAUGGAUGUUAUCUUUUGA